AUGGAAUCGAGGCAGACGCCGAGGCAGACGCCGAGGCAGAAGAAGUCGUCUGGCUCGGGGUUGGCGAAGACGGCGGCUAGCUCGCCGUCCUCAACCACUACGUCCUCCUCAAGGCAGGCGCCAGAUGCUGUGGCGACCGACUGCCAGAGCUCCCCGGCGUCCUCCUCAGCGUGGAGUAGGCCUCAGCGCUUCGUCCCGGACAAUGCGGCCAUGGACGCCGAGAGGCCCAUGGAGAACAUUACUGUUACAGUCCGGUUCCGUCCGCUGAGGUUCCUCCAAGUGACAUUCUCGUUGUUAUUAUUUUUCAUAGUUGGGAGUGAAUGGGGCCUAAUGAUUUGGUGCUGGCAGCCCCAGAGAGAUUAGGCACGGAGACGAGAUCGCUUGGUAUGCGGAUGGCGAUACAAUCGUGAGGAAUGAGCAUAACCCUUCGGUGGCGUAUGCGUACGGUAUGUUGUACCACUUUUAAUGCUUUCAUACUCAUGUUCGUAUACCAUGAGGUUUUAUGGAUACACGACUGUGCGAAUACUACCGGUUUUUAACGGAAAGUUUCCAGACACAUUGUGAUUCGCCAUUUGUCCAUUAGAAUAAGGCGGAUAUUCAUACAGAAAACGCUGUAGCUUAUUGAUCAUGUAAUCCUAUUUGAUGCUGAUGUCAGAGCCAGCGUGAAUAUUGGAAUUGACUAUAAUGACAAGAACUCACAUGCUGCGUACGAUUGCCUUUGCUGCUGUGAAAGAUGAUCUUGACGAAGAUACUUUAAUAUCCUCCUCUGGAGAUUUUUGCUGAUUUAUUACCAAAUAAUAACAUAAAUUAGGACAUGAAAUUGCAGAUUUAGUAAGAUUAGUGCAUUGAGUUUCGUUUAAAUGUACUUCAGCAUGGGUUUUGUGGAUCGCACAACUCUAGUUUUCCUUUUUUUUUCUUUUUCUUUCAGCUUAUAUUCAAACUUGAGUUAUAUGAGUUCUUCUAGAUACCACUGAUGACAUGACCUCUUUACAUAAUCAUCCUUUCUUGAAGUUAUGUAAGUUGGCCCAGUUGUGCUACAUCCACACAAAUUGUUCGGCAAAUAGCAGUCACUAAUGUUGUCCUGGGUAUGUUUCAUUUGUGAUUAUCAAGUUCCCAUGGUGAUGCCUGCAGUGAAUUGGAAGUAAGUUUGACAUUUUUUUGGGAGAGGAAGGAGGAGCUUCGGAAUUUGUCUGGGGAAUGAUGAUUUGUUUGAACUCAUCCCCUUUGUAAAAAUGACAAAAACAUCUACCUAGUGAAGUCAGGUGCUGAAAUUUCCUACUGUAAGCUAGGUCUUGGGUGAACGAAUGAUGUUCAAAUGUCUCAUGAUUGGAGAAAAACGAGGCUUCUUUUUAUCUAUGGUUACAGUAUAUGGCACGUGUAACCUUGUUGAGAAAAAAGUAGCUGGUAGACAUUCAUAUGGCAGUACUUGUCGCUGUCUUUGAUUUCGUUGUCAGUUCUUAUCCCCUGUGGUUGAGCGCCCAAAAUGACAAGAUCCUCCUGGUUGUGAGAACAAAGCAGCCUAGGAUUAAUCUGAGUACUAAUUUGAGCAUACCUAGGCUGCGGCAGAAGGUGGGAAACAAACCAUAGAUUUUUUGGAAGCUCGCAACUACAAACCAGGCUCUGAGACCAUGUCAAAAACUAUACAGUGACGCAAAUCUUAGGAGGACAGAGUGGAAAAAAAUCUCUGUUUAUUAUUCAUAUCAUAGAUGACUGCUAGUUUACAAGUACAAAGGGCCGCGAAACAAGGAAACUAUUGGAAAAAGUGAGAACUGACCAGAGCCAAAAUUUGGAAACCAAGAGCUGAACUCCUAAAUAUACGUUCUUUCCCACAGGCUCCCCUAUAUUUUUUGGACCAGAGCCAAAUAUCAUACAAUGGAGUUGUUGGUCCAUUGGAAGAAUUGGGCAGAAAAUUCUUUUUUAGAACAAAAAGACAUGUUCUCUUUGCUUAUUAUUUAUCAACAUCCGUCAUCUGGAAUUCGGAGCAGAAUAAUUUGAAUGUUUGUAAAUGGGCCCUCAAUGAGCUCUCAUAAGUUUUUCAGAUGAGUGCAGCUAAUGAUCAUACAUCGGUGUUACUGGUACUUUGGAUGUAAUGUGUAGAAGACCUAUUUCCGCAUUUCUUAUAGGCGUUACUAGUCAUAAUUUUGUAGGAUACCGGCUCGUUACUCUUUCUGGGUCGUGAAUUUCACAGAGUCAUAUUUAUAUAUAAAAGUGUCGCUAGAUGUGAAAUUUCGCUAAUCCUCAUAGUUCCCAAAUUUGGUACAUCCCAAAUGAUAUAAUUUUAUCCAUAAUACAAGGAUUCGUGUUUUGGGAAGGACUUGCAUCAUGCUACUUUCUGCCUAACGUUAUCGCUCUAUUAGUGAAAUCAACUUCACUUGAAUAAGUGAAAUUAUACUUACUAUUCAAGCAAUUCGUCAAGUUUUUUUUCCUUAUUGCUUGUUUGGUUUUGUACUUUGUUCAUUCGUCAAUUCUAUUAAAUCAGUAUUUGUUAUUUGUUGUUUUUUGGAUUUUCAGAUCGUGUUUUUGGGCCUACAACUACAACACGACAUGUGUAUGAUGUUGCUGCUCAACAUGUUGUUAGUAGUGCUAUGGAGGGUGUUAAUGGUAAUCAACUUGUAAUUUUAUUUGAUACAUCGUUUUUUUCAUCAGCAGUUUAGAGUAGUAUGUUUUUGAAAUUAGCUAGUCGGAGUACUAUUACUUAAUAAACAUAAAAUCAGAUUAUGCCCUCAGCAUGUUUUUUAUUUGCCUUUUGAAUACUUUUAAAAUUGUUGAAAGAUGUCAAACUGCCCUUUUUUCUACCUUUGAUAUCUUUUUCAAAACGUUGUGGACAUGUAUCUUGACAAAACUUGUGGAGAUUAGCUUGUGGCUUGCUUUUAUUCCUGUAAAAUUACUACAAAUGAAGAGCCACUUUCCCCUAAAACCUGUUAAUCUGCUGAACCAGUUAAUUUUUAUCAAAAUCCAUAUAUAUAUAUAUAUACUUCAUACAAAACAUUCUUUAUAUUCGGAUUAUGUCAGCUCAAUAUGACAUUUCUAGUCCAUGCCAACUAUAUAAUCCUGCCUGAUGUUAGCUCUUCCUAACUGGAAAAUGUUGGUGAAUGUUUUCCAUCAUGAAAUAAUUUAUUAUUUUGAUUUUUAGAUCGUGUUUUUUUUAUGCUUGUCAUAUUUCUGGUGUUUUGAAAUUAUUUUCCUUUUUAGGAACAAUCUUUGCAUAUGGGGUUACAAGCAGCGGAAAGACUCAUACAAUGCAUGUAAGUUUCUUUUAUCUUCCGCUUGUUACCCUUUUUACCUUCUUAAUUAUCUAUCAUUUAAAACAAUAGAAAUGAUUUGCAAUGUUUACGCUUGUUUUCAUUUAUUUCAUGUCGUUUUUUAUGAUAUUUGGUUAGGUGUGUGCUGCAUCAAAAGUCAAUAGGUUUGUUUCAAAAUGUCCAAAUCCAAAGUCUAGCUUGAUUACCACCAUAUUUAAAUAAAUCAUAUGCAGAAUGCAAAUCAAGCCACAUCGUUUAUUAUUCAUUCAGUACCUCUCACAUAUUUCUUUUGCUGGGAUUAUGAGUAAUUUGGGCACGAGUAGCUAAUUAAUGAAACAUACCCUGUCCUCUUUGAAUGUUUCUUGUUAUAUGCUUUUGCUUGAAGCCCUCUUUUCUAGAUCAUAUUAUUAUCUGCCCUCCAUUGAUGUAGUAUCAGUACUCUCUAUAAUGUCAGACAUCGACUGAUACUCCAAUCUUGAUAGGGACUUCUGCCGAAAUCUUACUGCCAAUAAUUUAAACAGAUGUUCCCAACUUGCCACAGAUUUUCCACCUCCGAACAUAAAAAACAUGGCUAAUAGAUAUUUGACGUUUUGGAGGUAUCCACUUUCAAAGACAGAGAAGAAGACCCCCCCAAGGUAUCACCAUGGAAACUUCAAGAGUUUGCCUUGCAUCACAAAACGUGUUUAAACAGUCUAACUUUGGUCAUCCUGGGGGAAGGUGAUAGAUGAAUAUGCUAUAGUUUGUUCCACCCCAAUGGCUAGCAUAUUUGGUUUCAUGGAUUAGAUGGCAAACUGAUUGCGAAGGUUUUUAGCCUCAGUUGGAAUGUUGAAUCUGAUCUGUAUUUCUUUGGGAGGAGUUGACCAAUGUGGCAAUUCACACGGCUCGAUGACAAACAUUCUGAUUGUCAAAGGACGGGGGACUCUUUUUAAAGAGGAUGCCAUAGUUUUGAUCCACUCCUCUCAGCUAGGAGGGUUGGUUCUUUGGCCUCUGCUUUUAGUAAUUUAUGAGGGAGAUUGAUUUGGUGAUUGUUUUAUUGUUCGUUCAGCAGCCAACUGAUCAACUUGCGGAAAUGAUAUUGACAAAAUGCAUGUCCAUUUCAUGGGUGGAAAUUUUUCUAUUUCAAUGACUUCUAACAUGCUAGAUAUUGUUCUUUGGUGUCCAUGACCUGCAGGGAGAUCAAAGGUCGCCUGGAAUUAUACCUUUGGCUGUGAAAGAUGCGUUCAGCAUCAUACAAGAGGUAGUAUCCAUGGUUUCUGCUUUUAGAAUCGUUCUUUUUUUUCCCAUUGAGUUGAAAUGAUCUUAAAUUAAUUUUCUAACUACGGUAUUUACUGUGCAGACUCCAAGUCGCGAAUUUUUGCUUCGUGUUUCAUAUCUGGAAAUAUACAAUGAGGUUUUCACUUUAUUCCACCUCAUAUCUGUUGACUGUAUUGACAUUUUUAUGUGGUGUUUUUGCUGCUGUCCAUUUUUCUGUGCUGUUCUUUGGUCCCUGUUUCAGUGGUUUAAUGUCUUUUGCUAUCUUUACUUAAUCUUUUACUUUAUCUACCUAGCUUGUGAACUCUGGGUCUUCUACUAGAUGUUACUACUUACUUGCUUUUCUCUGAGAAAUUUUAUUACCAUGUCUCGUUGAUAGCUUCUCUCAGUUUACUUAGGUAUAACUUAUGCGUAAACGAUCUGAGGUUCUUGCCAUUCGUCCUUAAUUUACUGCUAUAGUUUAAAUGGAAUUCUACUGUUACAAUAGGUUUCCUGUGGCUAAUCGUGUUUCGGAGUAGAUAUCUAUAGAAUUCUUGUCCAACCAUGAGCAAAAUGGUGUCAUUAAGAUGUAGAACCAUUGCAUUCUUGAGACCAUUCUGUACUCCCAUUUUGACUCUGUUUUUUUGCAUAUGUUGGUGAAGCUUCCCACACAUCAGUCAAUCUCAUCAACAUCUCUUCCUUUUCAAUUAUCUUAGGUCAAGCUUCCCACACUCCCAGCUUCUCAUUUUUUCUUCUUCCUCAGGUUGUUAACCUUCUUACAAGUCAGUAAUUCAGGUAAUCGAGCAAUUAAUUGCUUUAUGACCAAUUAUGAGUUUGAAGAUGCCAGAACACACGCCUCUUUCGCAUGUAUCAUUGCAUUUAUAGUACCGAGAGUUCACAUCCUAACGGGGAAUGUCUGCUUUGUGUGUUCAUUGUGUUAUUUUCUCAUGGUAUAUUCACCACUCUCGUCUUUCUCACGUACAUUUAAUAUUAUUAUAGAUUUAAUGCCAUGUUUGGUGUGCGCAUAACAUUUUUCUGAGCACAUCUAUCUCUCUGAAGUACGAUAAGUAAUCGUUAUUUUCGAUUUUAUAAUUAAAAUGACUUUUUGAAGCUGAAUUCUCUGUGUAACUGGUGAAUAGACAUGCCUAGGUGCUUUGGAGGCUGACUUUCGAAACAGUGAAAUGGUAGGUAUUGAAAACAAAUACUGAAAGUGUUUGCUGAUGUUACUGUGGUGUCCCUGUUUUAUCACAAUUAACUAGUGACGUCCUUAUUAAAUUUUCUAAUGUUGCAUCACUUACUCUUAAUCUUCUUUUUUUCAGGUCGUGAAUGACUUGUUAAAUCCAGCAGGACAGAAUUUGAGAAUUAGAGAAGACCUUCAGGUUCUUCUGUUUGCUGAAUCAUUCUUCAGAAUCCAACAAUGAUGUCUUGUUAUACUGAAUCAUUCUUUUGUUUUUCAUGAUUGACAGGUUCAAUAUUUCACAUUAGUUGUCCAUUGCUUGUAAUAGAUUAUCAGCAAUCUAUAUGGGGGAAUCUGUUCCCAACCUAGGUCAUCUUUUGUGUGAGCAUGACAUAACUAAUUCAACUACAUGUGCAUUAUCAAGUCGGUGAGAAGAAGAGUUUUGUUUCUGGGGGGCGAAUCCUUAUGAUUUCUGACGCAAUGAAAAUACACUAACUUACUGUAAAUUUAUCCUUUGGCAAAUUUUGGUUGGCUGUGCUAUUACUUUCAAUUCAUUGACUACAAGUUUUCUUCGACUCAAGUUUUACAAGUUUGGGAACGAGUCGCUGCUAAGUUUUUCUUAAAAUUGUGGAUGACGUUCAUUCUUAUUGAACUUAGAAUCUACUGUUGGCCAGUUGAUGAAAGUUUUCCUGUGUUAUUGAGUAAGCCCAAUCGACAUGAAAACCAGUUGUUAUAUUGAUAGACGGAAAUAGUGGACCUUCUCGUUUGUUGAAUGUCUUGUGCUUAAAGUUGAAGAUGUUCAUGGAUAACAAACAGUGGCUUUUGUAUUGCCCUGUUUUGAGGUACCCCAUAAACCUACUCGCCAGCUUAUGUUUUUGAACCUUGGAGAUCUAGAAAAUGAUUCAUUGAAUAUGAGUUUUCGGCAGUGUUAUGAGCUAUUUUGUGGAAGAUAAAUAAAGUCUCGGAAUACUUCUGAAGGUAACGUCAUUCAGGAUGUAGAACAUGAGAAUCGUUAGUGUGUUUGAAGAAUGGUAUUUUGCUACGGAUUGGAAAUUCUCAGAAAAUCACUGCUGUGGCAAGUUCUGUUAGGAUGAAAAGAACAUUAUGAAACGUUAGCACUGAUUUUUUAUUAAAUUUUCUGGUAGUUAUAAUAUCACUACUCUCCCACUUUCUAUCUUUCCUAGUUAUCACUUUUGUCAGUCUUGACAUCCUGAUGGCACACCCCCUAAUUCUGAUAGACCCAUAUCCUCCCUUUCUAUUUCUCAAACUCUUAAUCUCUCUCUCUCUUUCUAUCCAUUUUUCUACAUAUAUCUGUCCCUCUGUCAUUCUCAUUUUACUAAAUAUUAAUACCCGGGGGGUAUUGAUAUUUAUGCAUGCGCAUACGCGCAGGGGGAUAAAUAUGCUAUCCCUACCCAGGGAUUAUGUUUGCAAGCCAAUGGGGGUAUACUGAUCGCCAAUACUCGUCUCCUUUUUUCUCAAUCUGCCUUUCAGUUUUUUUUUAAGCUCUCUCUCUCUCUCUCUCUCCCCCCUUCUCUCUAUCUAUCAUUUACAGAUAGAACUCUUGGCAUCUAGGUUCUCACCUCUCUCCUUGUCUUUCUGUUCAUACUUAUCUCAUGUCUCUCUCUCCAUCUAUAAAAGAAAAUGUGGUGUUUUCCUGGGUGUGUGAGUAGCCCAAAGGAUUCCUUGGUUCACUUUCACUCUUUGAUGAUGAUGGCUGCCAUGCAGUUUUUAAAUAUUUUUUCAGGACCUUAGCCGUAAUAAGAUUCAUUCACAUCAUCCAAUUAUGUUAGGUAUUCACACAUUCUCCCGGGAUCCUUUGCUAUGCUUGUAGAAUUUUUAGACAAACUUCGAUGUGUACUUUUCUCUCGUUUGAGAAAAAAGGGUUCUGCUGUGGCAUAUCUCUAAACUUAAUAGUUUCCACAUGUCACUAAAGUACAUUAUGUAGUGAUUUCCUUUUCCCUUUUAUACGUAAUUACGGAUGAAUCUGUGCAUUGUUAAUUAAUUUGUCUUUUUUCAACAGGGGACAUUCGUCGAGGGGAUCAAAGAAGAAGUUGUUUUAUCCCCAGCACAUGCUUUGUCCCUUAUAGCUGCUGGUGAAGGUAAUUUGUGACACCCCCUUGCCCAUGUAUUGGUCUCCCAAAUUGUUGAUAGAAUCUCAUGGAUAAACUUUCUGAAUUUUUGUGCCUACUGCUGAAGAUGAAAACGUUAGUUUAUCAUUUGCAGUGUAAUUAUAUCUCACCUUAAUUGUGCUGUCAAAUGCCACCGGCUUUCAACCUAAUCACGUUGUUACCUCAAAUCUGAUUUUCUUUUUAUUUUGGUGGACUGUGGUGUGAAUUUAAUCCAUUACAUAAUCAAUUAUCAUUUAUCCCUUGACCUACAAUUAAUUUGAGUUGUCUUCCAUUUAUUCAAUUUUUUUUAUCUUUCAGGCAAUGAAUUCUUUUUUAAUGUUGGAAUCCCCUUACAUCUUAUACUUAUGGUGUAAAUGUGCCGAACUAUAUCUUUUGUUUUAUUAUUUCUUCAAAUCUGUGUUUUGGUGUGAUUAUUGGUCAAUUUAUAAAUGGUACAAUCUCUUAAACCUUGAUAUAAAUGGAUUGAUUUGUGAUAAAAUUACUUGAAGACCACAAAAUGGGUCACCACAUUUUGUUUUUGUUUUGUUUAUGGCGUGGUACAUUCCACGUAAAUUGUCACUCUCCAGUUGUUAAAUUAGACAAUUCCAGGAUAACUACACAUCUUCACAUCUGAGCUUCUACCUUUUUGUUUUUUACAUGUGGACGACAAAUUCACUGUAGAAACUUUUAUGAAGGGAUAAUUUUGGAACUAAGUGUCAUCUGUGAUCGUAGAAACUAAACUUUGCAAGGUCAUCUAUUUGUAUGGACUUCCUCUGGGAAAAAAAAAGACUGAUGAUCUGGAUGUCAUAAGAAAACAUUUCGAUGUAUUUUAUUUUAAAUAUCUCAGCAAUAAUGGUCAGAAACGGCUUGACAUUGAGAAUGGCAACAUGAUUAUUUCUGCGCAAUAUUCAACUGUUUGACACUAUUAGGGACUGGACUGUAUGAGUCGAUUAUUGGAAAUAUGCUAUAUUUCAUAUGCAGUUUUUGAUAUAUUGCUAGACUUGAAAUGCCAUGAAUUUUCUUCUUUUUUGUGUUUAUGAUCUAUGGUUUACAGUUGUAUUAUUAAACUUCUAUUUAUUGCUUAUCGUAAUUUACAUUUAUGCCAUUGCAUGCUGAGGUUGGAAGAAUUUUUAUUUAAUGACAGAACAUAGGCAUGUUGGAUCCAACAACUUCAAUUUGCUCAGCAGCAGAAGCCAUACAAUAUUUACACUGGUAUUGUAUCUAUCUCGCUAUGAUAAUGUAAUGUUUAGAGGGGAUGAUUCAGAUGUCUCAUGCAAAACGUUUCAAUGGCACUGUUUUUAUUUUUCUACAAAAAGAUUUCUGCCAUAUAUCAUUUAUGAUAUAGCAUCACUUGUAGAUCUGCAGUUAAUUCACUAGGCUAGUUAAAUUCUUUAAAUUAAUGUUGGAUUUUAUAAUGUGGAUCUUCUUCUAUUCUUGACAUACCUUGUCACACAAUUUUCUAGUCUGAAAUAUCUUUAUUUUGUAAGUGUUGAAACUUACAUUUUUGGGAAUCAACUUGAAAUCGUCAUGAAAUUUGUAGCACAAAGAACUUGAAAUGUAUGAUGUCUUCUUCAUUUGACAGCCCAGAAAAAAAAUCUUAUCGCCUAUAUUCCUGGAAAUUUCGGUAGAAAAGUGACUUCUGUUAUCACCUCAUUUGAUAUCACAAUGACUCAAAUAUCAUUGUAAUAUUUCUGGCUUUUCUUUUUUAACCUUCUGUUUUCAUUUGUGAACGGACUUUGCUCACUAUGGCAAAAUGAUUGAACUGAAACUGACUGGGGGGUUGCAGCCAUCUGCUGUCCUUGGCCAUUUCUUGAGUUUUUAAUAUCCUCCCAUUUGAAUCAAUCAUUGCGUCUUCAUACUGAUGAAUUUUAUGAAGUAUUGUGUUUGCUCAAUAGAAUAAUUGAGAUAAAAAAGCUAAGGGUUUGGUUUUAGUAGUCUUAAGACUCGUGUUGGUCAAGUUUCUGGUUUCAUGGUCCCAUACUUCCACAUUACCUGCUUUCUGAGGUUUAGGCUUUUGGAUAUAAUAACAGUUGAAACGAGGUUUAAGCUGAAAGAUAGUUUCUACAGUGAUAAAAAAUAUAGUUCAGAAGGGAGCUUGUAAAAUCCUCAUUUGAUCAGUAUAAAAGGGUAUUCAUGCACAUUUGUAUGCUUAAUAUAUCAAAUCCUGCCAACAACCAGUCGACUAAUACAUAAAAGAAUCAAAACAUAUGAUAAACUUUCAGCUAUAAAAGCCAGUCUACCUAAAAGCUGAGAUAGGAUGGAUGACUGAGGAUUAAUGAACAUUAAAGCCCUAAUGUUCCUCACGGGUCUCGAGCUUCAUUUCUUCUGACUAACCUUAACGUUUGGAACAAAUGUAUAAUGCUUCUUUUAAGAAAUGACUAUGUAAGUAUGAGCUGGAUGUAGCCAUCUUGUGUAAAGAAAUAAUUUUGUAUGUUCACUGGUUUCCUUUGUCAUGCAUUAGCCAUUGAUCUUGGAGGAGAUAAUCAACUUUCAUAGCAAAUUUUAGGCAUGCAUUUUUUUAGUUCUUUGAUAAUUUUAUCGCUAGGUGCUAAUGUUUUUGCCAAAUGAUAGACAAUAGAGAGUAGUCCUUGCGGCGAAUGCAGUGAUGGAGCAGUUAACUUCUCUCAUCUGGUAAACUUGUUUAAUCUUGUAAUUUUAAAAUUUUAUUGUCAUCAUUCGUCUGUUAUAAAUUCGAUGAAUAAUAUGUUUUCUUCCUUUUGCUUUUGUGGUUUACUUGGGUAACUUUACAAUGUGUUGAGGAUCAGUUUCUUAUAUGGUCUUAUUCUACUUAAAUAUGCAGAACCUCAUCGAUCUGGCAGGCUCAGAGAGCUCAAAGGCUGAGACUACUGGUAUCAGGCGAAAAGAGGGUUCCUACAUUAAUAAGAGCCUCCUAACGCUUGGAACUGUGAGUCCUAAUCUGCAACAAUUUGUAUGAAACUGUCGAAUUACGUUUAUGUCAUCUAAAUGUGCUUCUAAUUAUUUCAUCUGAGCAUCUUAAAGAGAUCACAUUCUGUUUGUUAUGUUCCCAAAAAAACUGUGUGCUUUGAAUUCCUUUGUAAAAUGCUACUACUGAUGACUUUGUAUUCCAGGCCUGCUUUGUUCGUAAGGUUGAGAAAUUUUCAUCACAUAAUUACGACAUGCUUUGAAUUUUAUUGUUGAUAUUAGUCAUUUCAAUUCGAUAUCAUAAUAUUCUGCUCUUCGAAUUCGAAGGAUUCAAUACAGGCAGACUAGAAGCUCCCUUUGGUUUUACUCUACCUUUGCAUUUUUAUCUUUGCCUUCGUGUUAGAUAAUUUAUCUUUCUAUUCUUGAUAUAAGUUUUCCUUUGUUUUCAAGAAAUUGCUAAUAUGCACCCCAUGUUCUUCAGGUUAUUGCAAAGUUGACUGAAGGAAAGGCUACACACAUACCAUACCGUGAUUCUAAACUGACUAGGCUUCUUCAAUACUCUUUAAGUGGCCAGGGCCGUGUAUCUGUGAGUGAUUCUUUAGUUAUUGUGCAAUGCAUGUUGAAAUCUGAUGGGGCACCUCUGUUGAAAUUUUAAAGAUUUGACAUGCUACUAGCAUAAUUAUGCCCCCUUUCCAAUUACAUUUGCUUAUUUUUCGGACGAUCUGAUAAUUUUCCUCUGUAUUGUAGCUUAUUUGUACUGUAACGCCUUCAUCAAGCAAUUCGGAAGAGACACAUAACACAUUGAAGUUUGCACAUCGUGCAAAAUGCAUAGAGAUUCAAGCAUCACAAAACAUAGUAUGGUUCUUUGUGUAUUUAUAAAAUCUUAUAGAAGCCCAGUUGUCAUUACUGGACAUGUUUAAAGUUAGACAAGUGCCAUUAAGUUUCAAUAUUUGCUCCUGCGAUGCAGAUUAUUGAUGAAAAAUCUCUAAUCAAGAAAUACCAAAAUGAGAUCCGUAGCUUGAAAGAGGAGCUAGAGAAACUGAAACAGGGAAUGUUGACAGUUACUCCUUUCAAAGAUGGCGGAGAAGAUGAUAUUGUGCUCCUGAAACAGAAGGUAUGGUUGAAAAAAAGAGACUCGUCCUAGUAGAUUUUCUAGAAGAUGCGUUACUUAGUUGAAAUUAAUUUUCUGACAAUAGCCUUGGUGCAUUCUAUUAUAGUUUCAUCGAUAAGAGCAGUAUCUCUAAAAUGUUUCUGUUGGCGUUUCAAAUUUGUCAUAUGUUUCUCAUGAAAUUCGUCCAUUCGUGGGCUAUGCUUUAUCCAAACAAAAUAAGCAUUCAUUUGUUUUCCGGUGUUUCUCUUUGUUCGUCUAGUCAUUUAAAAGUAGCAAUAGGUGUUCUUCUUGGUAGCUGGUGGAUUUGUUCAAACAACAAUAGCUUAUUUAAUGGGUUUCUUCAUGCGUAGAUGAGUUUAGUUCAUAUAUAUGGCUUCUUCAUGCUACUGUUAUGUGUUCUUUGAUGAUCAAUGUCUCAUCCGAAACAAUGUCUAAAUCUUAACCUUUCCAGUAGUUCCUUAUGAUUUAGUUGAGUAUUUCUUGUGUUCAAUGGAAUAUGAAAGCUAGAGGAUGGUCAUGUCAAGCUGCAAUCGAGGCUGGAACAAGAGGAGGAAGCAAAAGCUGCUUUGCUGUCACGUAUACAGAGAUUAACAAAAUUAAUCUUGGUAUCAACGAAAGCAACUCAAUCAAGAUUUUCUCAACGCCCUGGUCCACGUCGACGACAUUCUUUUGGAGAAGAAGAGGUCUGAUGAUCUUUUCAUAAUGUGUUCAUUUUACCUUCUAAGCUAAACUGUCCAUGCUUUUCUUAAAUGUUGGUUUUUAGUAUUAAUCAGGAGCCAGCUUUAUACUAUCCGCCAAACUCUAUUUGCCCUCUAAUUUCUUAGAUUGUUUCUUUUGUCACAUGUGCAGCUUGCCUACCUCCCAUAUAGAAGAAGAGAUAUGAUAUUGGAUGACGAAGACAUUGAUGUUUUUGUCCCGACCGGAGUAUAUCCCGAGUCUGCUGAUGGUUCUAGUAAGGAGGAGAAAAAGAGUCGAAAGCAUGGCCUUCUAAACUGGUUUAAGCUGCGGGUAUGUGUAGUUAACUCUAUUUUCUCACUGUUGUCUGUGGUAUUGUGUAAAGCUAGAAAUUGAAGUCACACUAUCUCAACUCCGAGCAUGCUUUUCUGUUCACUGAAGUGCGUGAUAUUUCAAUGCAAAUGCUUUUAACCUUUUUUUUAGGUUGCAUUUCCAUUUAACAAUGUUUUUAGAGAGGUCAAAUAUGUGGAUCCUCAUAUGUUGGAUCGAAAUCUUUGUGAAUUCAUUCAUGAUAUCCUGGCAGAAAAUCUUGGUAAAACAUGCUUAAGACGACAGUAAGCCGCCACUUAUAAUCAUUAAAUAUGGAUUUCUAGAGCUAUUGUGUUUCACUCAAAAAUAAAUGACAGCUGUCUUGGGGAAAGAGAAUUGCACCAAGAUUUUGAGAAGUAAGUGAACCAUAUGUACUCAACGGUUUGUGUUCUCGUGGACCCACCCUUUUCUCUGAAUCUUCACCUGGGGUCGUGUAUUAUUCUCCACUAUCGUCCGCCAUUUGCUAGUCAUAUUCCUUGUGCUCCUGUUUUCCUCGGUGUUUCUAAUAUUUAUAAUACUAAAAUCUAUACCCUUACGAAUGAUCAUACUUUAUUGAUGAUAUCAGUCAUAAAUUUAGGGUCUUUCGAUUUCUAUACUCAUUAUCUUCUCUCCCAUCCCCUAGAAAAGAGACAACAGUGCGGCAACACUGGCAUGGCCAGAUGGGGACAAAUCAAGCGGCUCAAAAUCGUUUACAUCCCCAUUGACACCACAAUCGGAGAGUGUAAGCGCGCCCAUAGAAGCCGCGACAUUGAAUUCUUUGGUUGCAGAUACAGCACCAGCUUAUCAGUCACCGGAGGUACAGCAUGAAUGUACAGACAACAGUGAGAACUAUUCUAUUCAGGACAAACCCCUGGUAUGCAAUGUUUACCGAUGCUUCAUAAAAUCCUCCAUUGUUUCUGUUCAGUACUGGCCGAAGAUUUGGUGUGCAACCGUCUUUCGAAAGAUGAGUAAGAACAAUAAGUGAAUGCUCUUCGUGUGGAUAUCAAUAUUUCGCAACUUUUUUGUUUAUAUUACCAUUGCCGCUGGACUUCUCACCUCCCUCUGAUUGGAAAUGACUGAUGAUGCCCAGUUCACUUAUUCCAUAAGAACAACAUUUUGCUAGAUGAUUGCUUUUACUGUUGAAUUAUUCAUUCCCUUAUAAUAUUGGUCUGAUGAGAGAAUUUCUUCCUGUUGUUUAUGUGAUGCGCUACCCUUGCGCGUUUCUACUCUUCAGCAAUUUUCAUUAGAAUGACCUUGAAGCGUAUAUCCGGCCAUAUGAUUAUUACUCAUUUAAUAAGGCAUUUAUCAUGUUUUUCUUCUGUUUCCUAGAAUUAAACGCAUAAACCUCAUGCAUCACGCUGUUUUUCUUCUGUUUCUACACGAAGUGAUGUUUCCUUCUUUGCAUCACGCUGGUCUACUAUGGGCCCGAUUUGAUAAUCUUUUUUCCAUAAAAUUCCUCUCAUUUAUAUACGCCUCAUUUCUUGCUCAUCAAUAAUGGUCAGAACAAUCCCUCAUUUUCUCAUUAAACUAAUUUAAACAAAUUGCAUGUACUAAGCACAUAUCCUUAGUACGUAUCACGCUGAAGCAUAACCUUUUAUUUACCUUCGUAGUUAUUUUUAUAAAUAUACUCUCCUCUGGUUAAUCUCCAAGAUAGAAGGCCUCUAUUUAUGAAACAAGGGUUCUGACUACUUUCAUAUGAGCACUGUGUUCACCAGACCUUCGAACCUCAGUCUACAUUUAAGUCGAAUAGAAAUAAUCCUACCAUAAAGAAAGAUAGCAUCAAAGAGCAUUCCCUUCAUUGACCGUCAUAAUUGGUUAUAACUGGGCUUCGAUUCAUUCUCAGACUAGUAUGAAGUCCACAGACCACGCCGAGCUGCUGAGGGAGCAGGUGAAGAUCUUGUCUGGAGAAGUAGCCCUCCAUUCAAGCGUUUUAAAACGCCUCUCAGAUGAGUUGGCAAACAGCCCCAUGAAGGAACAUAUUCAAGUAGGGAUGACAUUAUUAUUAUUAUUUUAUUGUUUUCUUAUUAUUAGUAUCGUUUAAAAGCCAACCUUGUUCCACCCUUUUUUAUUUAUUGCCUGUUCCUCCUUAUUUGAAUGCUUUUUUUGUUUUUUUGGGUAGAUGGAGAUAACGAAAGUCAGCAACGAGAUCAAGGUGAAGAGUGGGCAGAUAGCAUCUCUGGAAAGCCAGCUCUCCAAGUCGGUGAUCACCGGUCAAAAUCAUACAGAAAAGGUGGGGGCCGCUGCCAGCGACUUCAUUUUCUCGAACUACCUACGAUGAUUACCUCUCAUUCGUGAUCUUCUCUUUUUCUUGUUCUUCUCUUCUUCAGUCGUACGGUGAAUUGCUUGAGCAGUUAAACGAGAAGACCUUCGAACUCGAGGUAAUUACUGUCAUUUCGGAAAAUCUGAAAUCAAUUUACACCAUAAAAUUAGUUUCCCCGAAAUGAAAAAUACAAUUUCCGAGUAAAAAUUCCAAUAAGUUAUGGCCAUUUAAAUCCUAUUGAUUUAUCUUUAGCAUUACAAAAUUCCUAGUUAUAGAAAUUCUGAAAAUCACGUAAAUUCGAUAUUCUAAAAUUUGAAAAGUAAAUUACUGAUUAAAAAGAAUUCUAAUAUCCCUCGAGUUUUCCUUGAACCCUGCGAUUGUGCUGUUCUUCAACAUUUUCUCAGCACGGGGUCAAUAAUGUUGCUUAUGUAGGUUAAAACCGCAGAUAACAGAGUGAUCCAAGAGCAGCUAAACCAGAAGGUAAGGCCACCUGUAAAUUCAUCUACAAGAUGUGGAGCUCUUGAAGCCCAACUGGGCAAUGUGAUAUAUUCUGACGACUUAUUUCAUCAGAUUCACGAAUGCGAGGGGUUGAGAGAGGCUGUUGGCUCUCUGUCAAGACAGCUCGAGGAGGCUCUAAAAGUCUCUGCCCAUUGCCCCAAGCCAUCUGAUCUCCUGGCCCAGGCUCAGGCUGAAUUGCGAAUUCAGGCUCAGGUUUUGAUUUCUCCCCUACAUUACCUCUCUCUAUCUCUCUCUCUCCCUCACUCUCUUCCCGACCCUCUUCAGGGCAAUUGGCUUUUCAAGGCAUUUAGGGUGUCAAUGGCCUCGCCGAGCCCAGUUUGGCCCAGUUGUGUCCGAGCCCAUAAACUCUCUCUCUCUCUCUCUCUCAAAAUAUAGAGGUGGCCUAAAAUCUGCCAGACCGUCUAGACCUAAAACCUGGGUCAGCCGGGGCCCAGUUGUAUUCCUACGCGACGUGUCCGCACAGAAGGCAAGCCAGUGGAGCAGUGAGCCCCAGUCCUACCACCAAGUUCCUUUUAAAAAAUCUCAUUUCUUAUUUCCUUUCUCGGCAGGCGGCUGAAGUGGAGGAGCUUAAGAGGAAGUUGACCGAGCUCACCGAGCAGAAGGCCCAGUUGGAGACCAGAAACCAGAGGCUCGCCGACGAGUGCUCCUACGCCAAGGGCCUAGCCUCCGCCGCCGGCUCUGAGCUCAAGGCCCUCUCCGAGGAGGUGACCAAGCUGAUGAACCACAACGAGCUGCUGGCGGCGGAGAUGGCGGCCGCCGCCCCUCGGAAUCCCCCCCCGCCGCCGCGGAGAGGGACCGCUGCCGCGAGGGCCGGCCGGAGAGACGCCGCCAGCCACCCCAAACGGCAGGACCACCCUUCCGGGAGGAGAGACGGCGGCGCCGCCGUGACCUUCGAGCGGGAGUUGGCUCUGGAGGCGGCGCUGAUGGAGAGGGAGCGGCGGGAGGGGGAGCUCCAGAGGAGGGUGGAGGAGGCCCAGCAACGAGAAGCCCGCCUGGAGAACGAGCUGGCCAGUAUGUGGGUCCUCGUCGCCAAGCUCAAGAAGUCUCACGAGGCUGACGUGUCAGAGCCCUCCAAGGACUACGGUAGAGUAAUCUAA